AUGAAUAAUCAAACAAAUAAAAUAGUAAAUCUAUCACAUUUAAUAUUAAAUAAAAUAAUAAGUUGUUUAGAUGAUAACAUUGAUAUCAUUUGUUUCAGUUUAGUUUGUAAGAGAUGGUACAACGAUAGAGAUAAAUAUUUAAUAUUCAAUACUGAUAAUAUCAAUCUAUAUAUACCUAAUAACACUGAUAUCUAUCAAAAUAAUAAACAUUUCAACUUACCAUCAUAUCAUAAUAUCUUUAUGAAAUCAAUUCAAUCAAAAACUGAUUGUUCACUCCUAUUUAGUAAGAAAAAACAAUAUAGAUACGAUUAUCAUUAUGAUGAAGUUAGAGAGUUAAAUAGUAUUCCCAGUAAUGUUUCAAAGAUCGAUUAUGUAGCAGGUGACACGGAGUAUAUCUAUAGAUUAUUAUCGGAAUCACAAUCAGUAACAGUGUUGAAUGGAUGCUGCACAUUGAAAUAUGGAUUACCAAAGUCAAUCAAAUCACUAAAGUUCAAUGGGGAUUUCAAUGAACCACUUGUUAAAGGAUUACUUCCCAAUUCAUUGGAGGUGCUCGAAUUUAGUGGUCCAAUCAAACAAGAGAUCCCACCAGGUGUACUUCCAGAUGGUUUACGCACACUUAUUCUAAAACACUAUGAACAUGAGAUUCGAGCAGGUGUACUUCCAAAUGGUUUACGCAAACUUAUUCUAGAAAACUAUGAAUAUGAAAUUCGACCAGGUGUACUUCCAAAUAGUUUGCGCAAACUUACUCUAGAACCCUAUAAUUAUGAGAUUCCACCAGGUUUACUUCCAAAUGGUUUGCAGAGAAUCUAUCUAAUUGGCUAUCAAUAUGAACUUCAACAAGGUGUAUUACCAUCAUCUAUAAAGAAUUUAUUUCUUGCGAGUUACGAUGAUCCACUCAAUGAACAUUUAAACUAUUCAAUCGAUUCUACAACUUUGGAUGAAAAUGUGGAAGGCAGAUCAUGUUUACCAAUUUCAUGGUUACUAGCAAUAUCAUCACUUCCCAAUCUUCAAUCACUUGACAUUUAUUAUCCCAAGGACAGUCGACAUGAUACAACAAUAUUCAAUCUCAACUACCUCCCACCAAAUUUAGAAACACUAGAAAUUAGCCUACAUGGAAAAGAUCGAGUAUUAAGAGGAGCAAUUCCAACAUCAUUGAAAAUUAUCCGACUUGGUGAUUGUCAAUUUAAUAUCGAUGAAAUAUUCCCAGAAACUCAGCAAUAUCACCUGGAAGUUCUCGAUUAUGAAAAUUCCGGUAUUCUUCCAAUUCCAUCAAACGUAUCAAUCGAUAUUUUAAAAGUAUCUGGAGAAUCAAGUGAAUCAACGAUAUCUCUUCCAUCUCGAGUUAGAUCAUUCAAAUUAAAUAUGGAAUAUUUGGGUUUAAAAGAGAUGAUAACAGAUUUUGGGGGAGAUGAUAAUACUGAUCAAACAUGUUCAUUAAGAAAACUGCGUCUUCCAAAAUUCAUAGAUGGACUUCCUAUAUUUAAACUACCAAACACCAUUGAAAGUCUGGAUAUUGGUAGAAAUUAUCUCAACGAUAUAGUACAUUUGAUACCACCGACACUCAAUACUCUUGUCUUUACAAAUCAUUUUGCAAUCAAAUUAGACAUUCCAGAGACUAUCAAAUCGAUCACCAAUAUCAUUUAUAGGUUUAGGAAUAGUAAUGGAACAGAAUAUAAAAAUAAUGUUUAUGUUUUUGUGAUACCUCGCGAUAUACGCAACAAAACUGCAAAGAUACUCUGUGUGCCAACUAAGGAUAGAAGCAACCGAAACAAGGGAUCUACACGGGCGUGUUCCUCUAGAAGAUCUCAAACUGUCCCUGUAGUCUCUUCACCAGAUGUCGCACAAACUGUGCUUUGCAGUCAAACUCCUUUAUUAGUAAUCGAGUUUUUAAAUGCAUCAUUUCAAAUCACAAUUUAG